AUGGCGACAGGCACUAAACCCAUGGCCGAUACCCGCAACGACCCUGAAGUGGACGUUGCUUCUCCUAUGCGAACUAUUCCUAUAGUCAGCCCCACCACCAGCUCGCCAUUGCAACCACUCGCAAUCCAUCAAUCCAGGAUCGCCGAACACGCCGCUAUUGCUCGGGCCGAGGGGCACGCGAGUCAGUUCCUCGAAGUGGAUGACGAAGACGAAGACGACGACGAUGAGGAUGGGUUCGUUGCUGUAGGCCACGAUGAUGUUGAAGACAGUUCUUGGUACUUCCGUCAGCCAACAUCCGGACGCUCAAAGCUCGAUGACCUCUAUCCAUUUGUUCAGUUGUUGUCAACUGCCGAUGCAGACAAUUGUGUGCGCGUUGAAGCUGCUUUUCCAGAACACGAGAGAUGCUCCAAAGAGAAGAUUCUCUAUCGCCUUACAAAGUGUCCUGAGCUCUCUCUAGGCGUCUUUUCCCGCCCAAGAACCCCUCCAAACCAAGAAAUCCCUCCCGCGAUCCUCGUUGCUCAUAUCCUAGCCACGAGGACUCCCGCACUAACAGUCACUGAUGCUUCUAUGGGCCUUCCAGAGAACUGGAGAAAUAAACGUUCAGCUGUCUCUGGUGAAGUUGAUGUGGAACUCUUAGGACACCAAGAUCAGGGCUCGACAAUUGCAAUUCACUCGCUUGCUGUUCUCCCAGAACAUCAAGGAAAAGGCGUUGGGAGAACCCUGUUAAGAGCGUAUAUUCAACGCAUCAAGGACGCGGAGAUUGCUGACCGAAUAGCUUUAUUGUCUCACGAACACCUAAUUCCAUUCUACACUAGCCUUGGCUUUGUAAAUCGUGGUCCUAGUCAAUGCACCUUUGGUGGUGGUGGUUGGUACAGCUUGAUGCAAACAGCUGCAAACGCGGGGAAUAAGUUCUCAAUGCUGAGUCAGCCAAAAGUAUCGGUUAAACUUUCCAUAUUUCCUUAUCUCGGGAAAAACUACCGUAUCGGGCAGCCACAACAAAUUUAUCAAAUUUGCUGGACUCGCCGGACUUGUGAAAAGAGAGCUUCGUCCGACAGCUUCUGGGAAGCCAAACGAGCACAGCAAAGUCACAACUCGUCCUUGGCUACAAUGAAGACUACGUGGAAAGAUAUCGCCCCUGUGCCGACGAGCCAGGAAUUUCUCGAUAUCGUCCUAAGCCGCACACAAAGACGGCUGCCAACGCAGAUCAGAGCUGGGUUCAAGAUUAGUCGUAUUCGAGCGUUCUACACCCGAAAGGUCAAAUAUACGCAAGAGACGUUUUGCGAGAAAUUUCAGGCUAUUCUAGAUGGAUUCCCACGGCUGCAGGACAUCCAUCCAUUCCACAAGGAUUUGUUAAAUACUCUUUAUGAUGCGGAUCAUUUUCGGAUUGCUCUCGGUCAGUUAUCGACUGCAAAGCGUUUGGUCGAAACCGUUUCCCGAGACUACGUUCGCCUCAUUAAAUAUGCCCAGUCGCUUUUCCAGUGCAAACAGCUCAAACGGGCCGGUCUUGGUCGUAUGGCGACGAUAUGUAAGAGACUUAAGGACCCUCUAGCAUAUCUGGAGCAGGUUCGACAACAUUUGGGCCGUUUACCUUCGAUUGACCCAAACACCAGGACGCUUCUGAUUUGUGGAUAUCCCAACGUGGGCAAGUCAAGUUUCCUGAAGAGCGUCACGAGGGCAGAUGUAGACGUUCAGCCGUAUGCGUUCACCACUAAAAGCUUGUUUGUCGGUCAUUUCGACUACAAAUAUCUUCGAUUUCAAGCAAUCGACACACCAGGUAUUUUAGAUCACCCACUCGAGGAAAUGAACACCAUUGAAAUGCAAUCUAUCACUGCUAUUGCGCAUCUGAGAUCUGCUAUUCUAUAUUUUAUGGAUCUUUCAGAGCAAUGCGGUUACUCAGUUUCGGACCAAAUCAAACUUUUUAACAGCAUAAAGCCUCUAUUUUCGAAUAAACUGGUCUUCAUUGUUAUUAACAAGAUUGAUGUGAUGCGCCCUGAAGACCUUGAUCCCGCCACUAAAGAGGAGCUCGACAAGCUUCUAACAACCACAAGCGUUGAAAUGCUACAACUAUCGUGUACAACGACAGAAGGUGUCACUAAUGUGAAGAAUGCUGUGUGCGAUCGAUUAAUAGCUGACAGAGUAGCGCAGAAGCUGAAAACUGGUACUAACACAUCUGGUCCCGCAAGCGGAAGACUCGGGGAUGUUCUAGCGCGUAUCCAUGUUGCUCAACCUUUGGGUGGUGUUCGCGAGGCUUUCAUCCCAGACGCCGUGAAGCAGCUUAAAAAGUACGACAAAGACGAUCCUGAAAGACGAAGACUGGAACGCGAUCUCGAAAUGGAGAACGGCGGCGCUGGCGUGUAUAAUGUUGACUUGAAGAAGAAUUAUAGUCUAGCUGACAGCGAAUGGAAUCAUGAUAAGAUCCCUGAAGUGUGGAACGGAAAGAAUGUUUACGACUUUGUGGACCCUGAUAUUGAAGAAAAACUUCAACAACUAGAAGAGGAGGAGGAGAAACUAGAAGCUGAAGGGUAUUACGAUUCCGAUGAGAGCGUUGAAGAUGUCGAAGAAGCAGAAAUCAGAAUGAAAGCAGAUCUCAUCCGAGAAAAGAGAGUAUUGAUGCGGAACGACGCGAGAAUGCGGAAAUCUCUCAAAAACCGUGCCCUCAUCCCUCGAAGCCUAAAGUCCAAGAAAUUAUCUGAAAUGGAAUCUCAUCUCGACUCCAUCGGCUAUGAUGCCACUGCCUCUUCUUCCCGUGCUCGAGAGCCUGCUCGUGGCCGCACUGCAACCCGUAGCGAAGCAGACUUUAACGAGGAUGCCAUGGACAUUGAUGCUGGCGGUGACGCUCGCCAGGCCGCAUUACAAAGAGCAAAGAGCCGCGCACGCAGCCAAGCAGCCACCAACCGCCUUGUUGAUGGUGUCACGAGCGUAACGGCUAGAUCUAAAGCAGACCGGUUGAAGAAAUUAGGUCAGAAGAAGAUGAAUCGGAUGGCAAGACAAGGAGAAGCCGAUCGUCAUACGGUGGCAUCUCUGCCGAAACAUUUGUUUUCUGGCAAACGUACCGUUGGCAAGACGCAGCGCCGUUAG